UCCCCGAUCCGCCGGCGGAGGAAGGGCUGGCGGAGCUUCGCCUCUCCACCCCCCCCCCACGCCCUGCGCUCCGAGGCGGCGCCCGCGGACGGGGCUGGGCCAGUCGCAUCUGGAGGGCGCCGCGGGGCAGAGCAUCGGCCCAAGAGCACGAUGGCAGCUAACUACACGGAGACCUGGUUCCAGAUGCUGGAGGUGAUGCUGAAGGCCCUCAACCGUACCGUCUCCCGCGUGGAGCCCUGUCCUCGACUGAGCAACGCCGACGAGGAGGAGAAAGACAGCUACGCCUACAUGUACAUCCUUUUCAUGAUGCUCCUGUUCGCCCUGACCGUUGGCAGCCUGAUCCUCAGCUACACGCGGUCCCGAGAAGUGGACAAGCCGAGCGAUCCCUACCACAUGUACAUCAAGAACCGGGUGACCAUGAUUUGAAGGAGGAGGGGGAGGAGGAGGAGGAGGAGGGAAGGAGAAGGAGCCACGGACUCCUCCCUCCGUGCCUUUUGGGAAUGACGGGGAGCUCUUUUGCAGCGUGUGUCGAGUCUCGAACUCAGGGCUUGAGCAACGUCUGAGCAGGAACAUGAAAAUCUGGGGGAUUCGGAGAGCAGGGCCUGCAAAGAGGCCCAGCCUGAAAUUCCCUGCCUUAAACUAGCCAGGGAUAAAGUUUUAAAAACUUUCCUAAUGGAAAACUUGAUUGAUCUGCCUCUUCCGAUCAAUAAACCAGUAGGAAAGGA